AUGGAUUUGAUCCAAGGAAUUAUACAGCCGCCAAAAGCGCAGUCUGUAGAGGAAACUAUACCUACUUUAUGUGAUAGAUUGGAGAAUGCUACCUUGAUUAGUGACAGACGAUCAGCGGUACUUGGGUUGAAAUCCUUCAGCAGAGAGUACAGAGAAACAGUGAUUGCAUCUGGAUUGAAAACAUUGAUAAAUACGUUGAUUAAAGACCAAGAGGACCAUGACCUGGUGCGGGCAUUACUUGAAACUUUGCUAAUUCUUUUCAUUCGUGGGGAAGGUGAGGAUGAUUUGACGCGUAAUUGGAUCUCGCAGCAGUCCAGGUUACAGAACGGUAAGUAUCCUUCCCCAUUGGUAAUGAAAGAGGAGAAUGAAACUGUUGACCAAUUCUCCCUAUGGAUUACAGAUGCAUUGACGCAAACAGAUGAAGUUGUCAAGCUUUUAUUCACUUUCUUGGACACAUCGGCGUUUCAUAUCAAGUUAUACACAAUUCAACUGUUGGAAGCACUGAUAUCCACGAGACCUUUGAAAACUAGGGAAGUCAUACUUAAUAUCCCAACCGGUGUGUCUACUCUAGUAAAGCUAUUGGACGAUAUUAAUGAACCGAUCCGUGACGAGACUAUAUUGUUACUUAUGGCUGUCGUUAAUGAUAAUUCGCAUUUCCAGAAGUUAGUCGCAUUUGAGAACGUUUUCGAAAAAUUGUUCUCCAUUAUAGAUGAUGAAGGUGGAUUGAGAGGAUCCUUAGUAGUUAACGAUUGUCUUUCAUUGAUCAAUAAUAUCUUGAAAUAUAACACAUCAAAUCAGACUCUUUUUUUUGAAACCGGCAACUUACAUCAUUUAAUCAAUUUAUUGAAUGAGCCUUUAUCCGUUGAAGAGGAAUUCUUUUGGAAUGAACAGCGUAUGAAGAAUAUCAACACGGUUUUAGAUAUCAUUCGACUAACAGUUGAAGAUGGAAAUAGUGUAACAUCGGCCCAUCAGAAUAUUCUGUAUGAAUCGCAAGUUUUGAUGGUGGUGUUGAGAUUGGCGUUCUUCAUUUAUACGCCAAACUCUAUAAAGCUUAUUUCAUUGCUAACUGUUGCUGAUAUGAUCAAAAACAAUGCCACUGUUCAGCAAAAAUUCUCUCAGAUAGAUGUGCCAUACUGGGAUCCAAGUGUUCCAUCAUAUUCAUCAAUGGGUGAACCGAAAAUAGUGCCAGUACUAACGUUGCUUUUGUCUUGGACCUUACUUAUGAACUCAGUUCAUAUAUUUGACAUUCGUGUGGCAUCGUUAGAAGUACUAAAGGCUUUCUUUUUCAAUAAUAAAGACAAUAUAUUAUCGUUCCUCCAGUCGCAAAUCAAGCAAUAUGAACUUUCAUCAGAAAGCAUGUCAAUCGAUGAUGAUGAGGCUAAUAUUCUACAGCCCAUUUUCAAUUAUGAUCCAAAUUUAAACUUGAAUCCGUAUAAGCUAUUUUUUUCUACUGAUUUGUUGAUGUUUUUCAUGGCUACUGAUGAUACAGAAGGCAAAAUUCGUUCUCUUAUCCGUAGCUUAAGCUCUGGAACCCAAGAAGAAGAUGAAGAAAGUAUGGUGUCUGUGCAAACUGUUGGUGAACUCUUGAUCACUAACCUCAGCUCCCAAGAUAUUCGAAUUCCGAUCGCAUUUGCAUCAUUCUUAAUAUUUUGGUUGUAUGAAGAUUCGGCAUCAGUAGAUGAAUUAUUGCGUAACAAAUCAUUGAUUAACAAUUUCAUCUCGUUUUCUUUACAGGUUGAACAUCAGGAUACGUGUCUCAGAUGCCUAACCACAAUGUUGUUAGGGAUUGUGUACGAAUUUUCAUCGGUUUCCUCCCCUUUCUCACGUGCAGAUCUCUACAGCUUACUUGUUAGCCGCAUCAGCCCUGACAAUUAUGCAUCUCGUAUCAAACAAUUGAGAGAAAACGAACUGUUUACAAAUUCACUAGAUGUCUACCUUAAUCCCACUUUCGAUGAAACAGGAUUACCAAACGUGUUUUUCAGCACUUAUUUCUCAGAACUUGUAAUUGAUAAUUUUUACAGAAUCCAGUCAUCUCUCAGAAGAGGCCCCAAAGACGAGCCUGACGUCAAGAUAACCUUCGAACUAUACGAAAAGCUAUAUGUUAAAUUUAACAAAACCAGAGCUGACCUGGAAAAGUCUACAAUAGAAAAUGAAAACGUCAUCAACUCACUAAAUUCAAAGCUAGAAAAGCUAUCCAAAUCUCUCGAACAUUUAGAAACAGAAAAAGUAAAUGCAGAAACAGAAUUAAACCAACUAAAUGAAAGGCACUCUGCUCUAGAAGUAGAGUUGAACGACACCAAAAUUGCAUUGGAAAGCGUAAAUAACAAAAGUCAGAAAUUAGAGGAACUAAAACAGAAAAAUACGAAAGCAAUUGCUGUAAAUCAAGAGCAAAUUGAUAAGUACAAAGAAAAAAUAAACGGCCUACAACAAAAAGUCAAAGAAAUUUCAGAGUCAAAGUUGAAAGCCGAAGAUGGUAUUAACAAAAUGUCGAGAGAGUUAUUCACGCUUACGAAGGAAAAUGGCAAAUUGAAGGAAGAUUUGAAAUCGCAUUCCAAGAAAUUAGAAAUACAGGAGAAAAAGUACUCCAGCGAGACUGCCAAUCUUGAAAAGCAGUUGAAAGAAAGAGGAACAGAAGUCCAGGAGUUAAGAGAACGUAUAUCAGAAGAUAUAAAGAGAAUUGAUACUUUGGAGAAAAAUGUCACUAUUCUGUCGAACCAAAAAAUUGAAUUGGAAACUAAAUUAUCUAACCAGACAUCAUUGAUCCCCAAACUUACGGAGAAACUAAAAGGUCUGGCUAAUAACUAUAAAGACUUAGAAAAUGAAAGAGACACUCUUGCAAAAAAAAUCUUAGAAAAAGAGGAGGCUAAUAAGACUAUCAUGCAAAAUUUAAAUUCAGAAAUAGAAUCGCUGAAUAAAGAAAGAGAAGAGAUGAGACUGGACUUGCAGUAUGCCGCAGAAUAUCAUCAGAAGGAAAAGGAAAAUUUUGACGCUCAUACUCAAAAGUUAACGUCAGAAAAUAACAGUAAAAGCGAAUCCAUUAUAUCGCUACAAACCAAACUUGACGAAUGUGAACGACAGAUAAAAGAGUACAAAACAACCAACGAAGAAUUGAAGAACUCUCUACAUGCUCUGAAUGUGAAAUGUAUUGAGCUCGAAUCAUCUUUAGAAAGCGCAAAACAGUCCACUGACAAUUCGGAUGAGACCAUUGAGGAGUUAAAUGACUCAGUAAUUGCUAUCAAUGAUGAAUUGCAAUCGGUACUUGCUGAGAAGGAUGAACUAUUGAAACAGAAUAAUAAGAUAAAUGAAGAACUUUGCAACUAUCAACAGGAAUUACAGGAAAAAGCAGAUUCCUGUCAAGGACUUCAAGAUAAGAUUUCUUCUUUAAACAAUGAGAUCAUGCAAAUAUCCGAAGAAUCAAAUGACAAGAUAAAAUUAUUGGAAGCUUCAAAUGAAGAAAAGGUAGCUGAAAUUAAAGAUUUGAAAUCUGAGAUUUCUAACAUUAAGCAAAAUGCCGAUACAAAGGCAGAGAAAUUAAAGUCCGAGAUAGACGCCUUAAAGUCGAGAAUCUCAGAUUUAGAAUCUCUACUGGAAACAAAAAAUAAGCUUUAUGAGAAUUCUCAAACUACCAUCACUGAACUAGAACAGGCAAAAGAAAAACUGCAAAGAACUAUCCAAGAGCAAUACAAAGAAGCACAGUAUUCUGAGGACAGUCUUCUUGCAGGAGAAAAUAAGAUUAAACACCUUGAGUCUCAACUGGAAAAAUUAAAACUCUCAUCAGUAUCCAAGGAGAAAGAAGCUCACUUAAAAGAUGAAGAAAUUAAAUCCGUCAAGGCUGAAAUAGAAGACAACGUCAAGUUAGUUCAAGCUAAAUCGACUGAAUUGGAUGAAUUAAAAAAGCAGAAUUCGGUAUUGAACUCUAAACUUAACAAAGAGAAAGAAAAAGCGAAAAUCGAACAGCACAAGCUUAGGGAAAGUUUAGCUACUGCAAGGGAUGAGCUCAAAUCCAAAAUAAAAGACUUCGAGGAAGAAAGAAAGCUUCUAUCUGAAGGAUCUUCUGAAUUAAAUCAACAGUAUUCGGAGAAGAUUUUGAAACUUGAAGAGACUCUUAACAAUGUAAAAGCAGAUCAUGAAAAAGCAGUUCAGAAACUGGAAAACACUAUUGAAGCACUAGAACAACAGGCUGAAGAAUCAAAGUCUAGCUUAGAUACUGAAAGGUCACUCUCCUCCAAAGAGCAGCAGCAAAGGUUGCAGCUAGAAAAGAUCUUAGCUAACGAACAGAAGGAAAAUAAAGAUCUCGAAAACAAACUAGCUGAUCUUGAUCAACUAUUUAAGGAACACGAAAAUACGUUAGAGUCUCAAACGAAAAUAUCACAAGACUAUAAACAGCAGUUAGAGAAGAAUAGUCAGGUCAUCGAAGAGCUGAAAAGUGCAGAAUCAGCACUCAAAGACAAAUUGAUAGCUGCUGAAGAAAAAAUAAAAGAGUCAGAAAUAUUAACAAGUCAACUUGACGAGGCAGUUACUUCCACGUCUGCUUUGUUAGAAGAACAGACAAAGCUUAAAAAGAGUAUCUCAGACCUGGAAGCAAAGAAUAUUAAGGAUUGUGGAGAAAUGGAAAUACUAAGGAAAGAAUUAAGCAAAUGUCAAGAGUCACUUAAAGUUUCGCAACGCCUCAACGAAGAGAAAGAUGAAGCAAACAAGCGUACCGAAACUGACAUUGUAUCCUUGCAAAAAGAGAUUAAUACUCUAAAAGAAGAACUCAGAACAAAAAAUGAUGAAAUAUCGUGUUUUGAAGCAGACAAAAAGGAAAUGAUAGCUAAACUAAAGGAGCUUGAAGAAUCGAAAACUCUGCUAGUACAUUCUGCCCAAGAAAAAAACGCUCAAAUGAUUCAAGAAAAUACCUCUCUCGCAGAAGAGAUAAAAGAAUUAAAGCUCCAAGUCAAUACAUGGACGGAAAAGCUCGUUACCUCUGAACAACUGUGGUCCAGCGAAAAGACUGAACUAAUAAAACAAAUGGAUAUCAUUAAAACGGAAUCAGCAAAACAAGCACAAGAAAAUUCUCAAUUGAAUGUUGAACUUUCUGCUAUAAAGGAGGAAAAUAUGAAGUUGAAGAAUCGCGUAGAUGAUCGAUCCGAAGUAGAUGACUUAGUGAUCCUUGUGACAGAUUUAGAUGAACAAAAGUCUAAAUACAAACGCAAACUAAUUGAAUUAGGAGUGGAGCUAUCUUCAGAUGAAGAGUCUGACCAGGAGUCCGGCCAAGAGUCAGAAUGA